UUCAUUUUAUAUCAAGUAAAUUUCUCAAUUUAAAUAAAACAUUCAAAAUAGAAAGUUUGUCCAUAUAAAGAGAAGGUGGGAGAAAUGUUUAAACUUUUAUACUAAAUUUCACAAAUUAUUCUAGAAAUUAGGUACAAAGGUGAAGAUUUAUGUAAAUUUUGGUUAAUAGGCCUAUUUUAUAUCUUUUAAAAAAUGUCGUCUGUUUAAAAUUUUUGCAUUUAUUAUUGUAAGAGUUAAGAAGGUUGAUUGUUGACUAUCCAUAUAUAUGACCAACAAAGAGAUUGCUGCUAAUGCCGAUAAAAAUACUAUUAUGAUUUUGAAAAUGUUUCAAAUGUUAAAAGAGUUCAUAUGCUCCCUAAACAAUUUUUUAAUUUGUAGAAAUUAAAUUAAUCAAAAUUUAUAAAUUAAAAGAGUAAAUAGAAUUUAAAAAAUUUGAGGCGAUAUAAUAAUAAUAAUAGUUAAACUCAAUGCAAAUUUCUGACACAUUUGCAUCCUUCUCUUACACGAAAAUGAAAAAAAAAAUUAUUAAAAAAAAAAGAAAAAGACAGGAAAAAACAAAAAGGAAGAAUACAAAAUAAAACAAUAUGCAUUUUCCUUCGUACAAAUUUUGCAUGUAUCUGAUCUGAACCCAGCUUUACAUUCAAGACAAGAGUCAAGAGCUCUCUCUCCCACACUUCCACCCACAGACAAAUCAUCCACCACCACCACCAUUCACCAAAUAUAUAUUCAUCUUCAAUAUCUAAAACCAACCCAUUUUCUCUUCACUCUUAUUUAUCGUCAUGAGUUCUAUCUCUGAGUCCAGAAACAACCCUAUUCUCCUCAACCAUAUCAUCCCUCUAGACUUCAACAAUGUCCUCGACCUACCAGACUCCCACGCAUGGACUCUCUUCUCCGACGACUCAUUAACCCACCACUCCAUUCCCCUAAUAGACCUCGCACACCCACAUUCACUUUCACUUAUCAGACAAGCUUGUGAAACAUGGGGUAUGUUUCAGGUCACAAACCAUUGCAUUCCCGUCACCCUUUUCCACCAAAUUGAAUCCCAAACCCAAAGACUGUUUGCAUUGCCGGCUAACCGAAAACUCCUGACCCUCCGGUCACCAGAUGGGUUUACUGGGUACGGCCUGGCUCGCAUCUCCAGCUUUUUUCCCAAGCAAAUGUGGUAUGAGGGGUUCACCAUCAUGGGCUCACCGGAGCAGCAUGCCUGCCAACUUUGGCCAAAUGAUCACACCAUCUUCUGUGACGUAAUGGAAGAGUACCAGCAGGAGAUGAAGAAGCUCAGCCACAGGCUCAGUGGGCUAAUGUUCAAGUCCUUGGGCUUGAACCCAGAAGACAUCAGCUGGUUCAGGACCAUAAACCAUCCCCAGCACCAUCAAGCUGUGCUUCAAUUGAACUCAUACCCAGUAUGCCCUGAUCCGAGCCGAGCCAUGGGCUUGCCUUCUCAUACUGAUUCAUCUUUUAUCACUGUUCUACACCAAAGCAACGUCACUGGCCUCCAAGUCCUUGGGGAUGGUGGGAUUGGGUGGGUGCCGGUGCAUCCAGUCGAAGGUGCACUUGUCGUUAAUGUUGGUGACUUGAUGCAUAUUAUCUCCAAUGGCAGGUUCAAGAGUGCACAACAUCGAGCUCUAGUGAAUAACACUCGCCACAGAACUUCAAUUGCUUAUUUCUUUGGCCCGCCGAGGGACGUGAAGAUAUCACCGUUGAUGAAGCUGAUCGACCUUGAUCAUCCGAAAAUAUAUCAGCCGGUGACAUGGAAAGAAUAUCUGGAUAUCAAGGCUACACAUUUCGACAAGGCACUGGAGUUGAUUCAAUAUGAUGCAUUCAGUGGCAUGGAAUGA